GCGUGUACCUGAGGCGCGGGGCCGGCCGGAAGCUGGCAUUGGCGGUGCAGCAGGGCGCGUGCAGGUGGGCGCAGGUGGGCACAGGAUGGCAAAACAGAAAAGAAAAGGUCCCGAAGUGAUAGCGAAAAAGAGCAAAAAAGUAAAGAAGGCGUCUGCAGAAGAGAGACCUCAGGCACUUGAAACCACAGCAGACAACGAAGAAGCCAGCCCCAAGGGAGAGACAGCAAGUAGGGUACAGGCCCCAGGCCCCGAGCUGUCACCAGAGGAAAGGAGGGUCCUGGAAAGGAAGCUGAAGAAAGAACGUAAGAAAGAAGAGAAGAAGCGACUGAGAGAGGCUGGCGCUGCCGCAGCCCAGCCCCCGCCAGCCAGGCGCUCAGGCGCAGAGCUGGCCCUGGACUACCUCCGCAGGUGGGCCCAAAAGCAUAAGAAUUGGAAAUUCCAGAAGACGAGGCAGACGUGGCUCCUGCUGCACAUGUACGACAGUGACAAGGUUCCCGACGAGCACUUCUCCACCCUCCUGGCCUACCUGGAGGGGCUGAAGGGCAGGGCCCGGGAGCUGACGGUCCAGAAGGCGGAAGCCCUGAUUCAGGAGCUGGAUGAGGCGGGCUCGGAGGCCGCCCUGCUGGAGAAGGCCCAGCGCCUCCGACAGGUGCUGCAGCUGCUGUCCUAGUGCAGGGAUGGAGUGGCACUCGGCUGCCCUGGGCUCUUCAAGACACAUUGAGGGUCUUCAUUGGCCCAAAAGGAGCAAAGACGAACAUGAGUAGGUCAAGCCACGUAGGGGCACCAGACCCUUGGAAGGACCCCUGGACCCUCCUUCUGAACUCCUGACCUGCCUUGAUCAGGGACUGUUUUCAUGGGCGACCAGAUCUUUGUACCUUCAGAACAGCAUGAUCUCCCUGAAGAAACCCCGGGACACCAGCUCCAGCCCCAAGUGGCCCCAAAACCCAGAUAUCUAUUUUUCUACCAGGAGUAUCUUAAGAACUGGCCCUCCCCACCAGCUGUGCUUCCUCAGUGUUUGGGGUGUGGGUCCCCAAGUCGGUCCCUGCACCUUUCAUCUGACAGCCCUUCCAGCGUGGGCCUCGCCUCCUUGUGUGGCCUCCAGUCUGGCUUCAGGGAAACCCUUGGGGGCAGCAGUCCAGAGCCUGUGCCUGUGCUGCCCCAUUUUCAAUAAAAAUCAGCCUGUCCUCA